GGUUUUCUCUUUCCUUCGCGACAGCCUUUUUCUUCCGCCACUCGUAACGGAUAAAUACAAUCCAUCUGACUCCUCGUGUAAAAAUCACCUCUAUCAAAAACACCAGCACAAAAAAAAAAAAAACUCGUUCAAAAUGGGUGGCCAGAACAGAGAAGGCGGCAAGGUCAAGCCCUUGAAGGCUGCGAAGAAGCAAAAUAAGGAGUACGACGACGAGGACAAGGCUCACCAAGAGAAGCUAAGGCAGCAAGAGAAGGAGCGCAAAGAGAUGGCCAAGAUGGCUGGUGGAAAAGGACCAUUGAGCACCGGUGGACAGGGCAUCAAGAAGAGCGGCAAGAAAUAAGACAUGCAAUCCUACGAUCAUACGAUUCACGGAAAAGUGACGAAGCUAUGGUGCCGAGAACAUGGAUGCAUAGAGCGUGGGCGCUUACGGAUGGAUGUCUUUUAUACAAUAGCCAGGGCUAAUGGGAAUACUUUAUCGCGAUGACUUUCAAUAUACCUUCUAUUCCACCUGAUAUAUAUGAUAUCUACCUACCUA